GAUUGUUUGCUGCUCUAGUCAUGAUUUUUCUGGUUUAAGCUUAUUUUGUGCGUUUAAUGUGUUUGUUUUUAUGUCAACAUGAACUUUGCCUUAUGCCGAGACCUUUUUAUUUUUUAUUUUUUAUGUUUGAUUGAUUUUCAGGUGGAACCCUUUGGCACAUCAAGCUAAUAGAUAGUUGUUUAUAUAAAGUAAAAAUCAAAUAAUUCCACAUUCAAAUAGAACAUAGAAAGCACCAAUAUGUUGUGUGCUUGUUCGGGAGAGCAAUUUAAGGUAGAAGAGCCCAUUUCUCGUUCACCAGAGUCAUUGGCUACGAGGGAUUUCUCAGCCAGUGGUAUUUCUUCUCGAACCGGCACUGGAGAUUGGGAUUCGAAAUUCGAAGAUGCCCAGGUGGAUGAAGCUGAAUCUACUCUUAAAGAAGCCCUCUCUUUGAACUAUGAGGAAGCCAGAGCUUUGUUGGGUAGACUUGAGUACCAGAGGGGCAAUUUUGAUGCAGCCCUUCAAGUUUUUUAUGGCAUCGACAUCAAAAGUUUGUCACCGAGGAUGAUUAAGGCGAUCAGUGACAGAGCCAUAGAACGGAAUUCAAAGUCCAAAAGGGAAAAUGCCGUGGUUGGUGUGAUGUCUCUGCAUUCGGUGAGCCUGCUUCUUGAAGCAAUAUUGCUUAAAGCAAAAUCACUGCAGGAGAUGGGCAGAUUUAAAGAAGCUGCAAAGGAGUGCAAGAUGAUUUUGGACAUAGUUGAAUCGGCAUUGCCUAAUGGAAUUCCUGAGUGCAUUGCUGAAGACUGCAAAUUGCAGGAAAUGUUUCACAAAGCAUUAGAAUUGCUUCCCAAGUUGUGGAUAGAAGCUGGGCUUUUGAAUGAAGCUAUUAUUGCAUACAGGAGGGCUCUAGUCAAGCCUUGGAAUUUGGACCCACAAAGGUUAUCUAGCUUACAAAAGGACUUGGCUGCCAUACUACUCUAUGGGGGUGUUGAAGCAAGCCUUCCUCAGGCCAAACCAUGGGACCCACCUUAUCCUAAAAGCAACACUGAAGAAGCACUUCUUUUGCUGUUUAUACUCAUGGGAAAGGUAUCAUGUGGCGAAAUAAAAUGGGAUCCUGAAAUUAUAAGCCAUUUAACUUUUGCAUUGUCAACGUGUGGCCAAUUCGAGUGCUUGGCUGUUCAUGUGGAGCAGCUUCUUCCUGGUGUGUAUAAACGAACUGAGAGGUGGUUUUUCCUCGCUCUUUGUUACGGUGCUGCUGGUCAAGUUGAAUCUGCGUUGAAUAUCCUAAAGAAAAUUUCAGGGUCUUCUGAAGCAGAACAGAGACCCCAUCUCCCUUCUCUUCUUUUGGGGGCAAAAUUAUGUUCCCAAGAUCCUAAUCAUGCUCAUGAAGGGAUAAACUUUGCCCGUAAAGCAAUUGAAUUGGGUGAUCAUGAAAACCGGCAUUUCCUAAGUAUUGCUCAUAAGUUUCUUGGAGUUUGUUACGGAAAUGCAGCAAGAGUGUCCUUGUCAGAUUCGGGAAGAGUGUUUUACCAUGGAGAAUCUAUCAACUCCCUCAAUAAAGCUGCUUCAAUCGGACUUGAUGAUGAUCCUGAAGUUAUUUUCAAUCUGGGAUUGGAAAAUGCGUUGCAAAGAAAUCUGGAUGCGGCAUUUGGUCAGAUGAUGGUUUAUUCUGAUAUGCUAGCUGGGAGCUCAGCAAAGGGUUUCAAGUUAUUAGCUCUUGUAGUCUCCGCUGAGCAAAGAUUUGAAGAUGCCGAGACCAUCGUUGACAUUGCUUUGGAUGAAACAGGAAGAAUUGACCAAUUGGAACUCCUUAGGUUGAAAGCAGUGCUUCAGAUUGCUCAGGAACAGCCCAAACAAGCAAUAGAAACCUACAGGAUUUUACUAGCCCUGAUUCAGGCACAUGGCGAAAUUCAAAAAGAAAACUUGGAUUCUGAGGCAACAGAGAGAAAACUGGAAAUGGAAACAUGGCUAGAUUUAGCAAAUAUUUAUACCAAACUUGGAUCUUUAUCUGAUUCUGAAGUUUGUGUUAACAAAGCCAAGUCAAAGGAAUUCUACUAUCCUCGUGCUUGGCAUUCGACAGGUUUGUUGUUUGAAGGUCAAUCAUUAUACAAAGAAGCACUUGUUGCUUUCUCGAUUUCACUGUCUAUAGAACCGGAUUAUGUCCCAGGUAUCAUUUCAACGGCAGAAACAUUAAUGAAAAUGGGUUCACUCCCAAUUGCAAGAAGCUUCUUGAUGAACACAUUGCGGUUAGAACCCACGAACCAUGAUGCAUGGUUUAACCUGGGUUUGAUCUGCAAGAAGGAAGGUCUAAUGCAGCAAGCUGCAGAGUUUUUCCAAGCUGCACAUGAGCUCAAGUUAUCAGCUCCAGUUCAGAGCUUUGUGUAGAUUAGAAUCUAGCAAACUGGUUGUUUAGUUGGAUCUGUGAAUAAUCAGAAAAAUAUGUACAUCCAUUGAUGAGGCAAGAAAUGGCAGGUGCCUGUUUGAUAGAUCAUCCAAGGGGCUGUUGACACU